UCCAUCCAAACCGCCCAAGCCGAAGCUAGAAACUUAGAAAGAGCGGAGAGGGAGAGGGAGAAGGAGAGAGCUCGAUCGGCGGCAAUGGACGAGUGGGAGGAGCUUGCGUGGAGAGUGCCCGAGACGCUCAUGCUAGUCAGCUGCGAGAUGGAAGCCACCAGGUUGAUCGAAGUCGCCCACAGCAAUCUACAAGUGCGCGGAACUUUGUUCCGCCGGAUACACUUGGGCAUGCCGGCGGCCAUCGCCAUGAACCUCUUCGGCGACCCGGCCGCCGAAGGAGUCAUCCCCACCGAGAUCCUCGAGGAGGCCCGCCGCGAGAUCUCGCAGAGCGGCGCUCGCCACGGGAAGACCAGGCACGUCUUCGCUCGCUACGUCGUCGCGCACCUCGGCGUCCAGCAAGAUGACCCGGCGUACCGCAGCUGGGAGGUCCACCACCAGGACGCCAUCCGCUUCACCGAUAAGGCGCUGGAGAAGGUUAGCGAAGCCGCGUCGCAUGCCGAGGCGGCCAAGGACGCCGUCGACAUCGCCGAGACCCUCCUCUCCCAGCCCCAGCCCCCGCUCCAGCUGUGGGCAGAGUGGACGUCGGCGGCCGAGAAGCUCGUGGACCAGGCCGCUUUGGAGGCCACCCUGGCGCUGGACGAGGUGCUCCGGGCGCGCCAAUCUGUUGCUCUCGAGUUCUUCGACGCCGUAGCGAUUCUGCGUCGCGGAAGAGCUCCACCGGCGGCGGUGGACAAGUGGUGGCAAGAGAUUGAGAGGACACUCCCUGGAGCCUUCCUGCUCGUCGCCACCGGCGGGCUGAAAGCGCUCAGGUUGAUCCGAGAUGCCCAUGGCAAGCUCCAGGAACGCGUCGCUAUGCUGCGCGUGAACUUACGCCAGGAGACGCCGGCGGCGGCCGUCCCCGUCGAAGGAAAUUCUGCCUACCAGCUGGAUCCCGAGGGAAUCUGCCCCACCGUGGCCCUUGAGGACGCCCGCCGCGAGAUCUCGCAGAGCACCGUUCUCCACGCGAAGACAAGGCACGUCCUCGCUCGCUACGUCGCGCACCUCGGCGCCCAGCAGGAUGACCCGGCGUACCGCAGCUGGGACGUCCACCACCAGGAAGCCGUUGACCACAUCAGCAAGGCGCUGAAGAGGGUGAUCGAUACGGUGUCAAACGCCGAGGCGGGCAAGGUCGCCCUCGUCAUCAUGGGUAGCGUUGCCUACGGGUGCCCGCUGUGGGAUGUGUGGGCAUCGGAGGCCGAAAAAUUCACGGCAGUCGCUGCCCUCGAGGCCACUAUGGCAACGAAUGAGAUGCGCUGCGCUCAGGAAGCCGUUGCUCAGGAGUUGUCCGAUGCCUGGACGAUUCUGUUGUCAAGGCGAAGAAACUGAACUAGCUGCACCGGCGCAUGGUGAACAUACGGCUCAGAUUUGCUACUGAUCUCCACUUUUGCUGUUCUCUUUCAGCUGAAAUGAAGUCCUAUACUCCUUUUUUCUACUGGAAAUGGGAAGGACGACUUUGGUCCUCUGAUUCUUCAAGAGUUCUAGUUGUAGCAAUACAUUAAGACUUAGUACCAAUUUGCUUUA